GAAAAUUUUGCAGGUUUUGCAGUAAUACUGUUAGUAAUGGAGAUUUUACCUUUAUAGAUGAAUCUAUGAACGAAAUUUUAAAGACAGUUUCACUGAAUCUUGACCUUUGCAACUAUGAACACGUCAUGUGUUCUUCCUGUUCAAUUAACGUGUACUCAGCGUUUGACUUUAAAUCCACUUGUCUCUACAUCGAAGACAAGAUUAUUUCUUAUCUUAAUCCUGAACUGCCAUUCAUAGACUUAAGAGAAGUUUAUUUAAAGGAAUAUGAGAACAAACCGUCAGUUAAAAUGGAAGAUGAUCAGAAAAUAUGUCGAUUGUGUUUGCAAUUAGUUAGGGAAGGAUUUGUAACAUUUUAUGAAGUGAAGUUAGAAACGAUGCAUAGAUACAUCCCAGAAGUGAAUUUUGGUGUUACUCAGGAUCCCGUCAUUUGUAAAGAAUGUUUUAAUUCACUCAGCUUUCAUGUUGCUUUCAUACAAACCUGUUUAGAUAUUGAAAUGAAAAUUCCCAUCAUACUUGACGACAGAAUCACAGAUUUCCGGCGAAUUAAAAGCGAAAAUGAUGAAAUUGUGCUUAGAGAUGAAAAGAGGAUGAAGGGGUUAGUUAAGAUUGAAAAAGAGGUUGAGGCGGAAGAAACGCUGAUCAAAAUUGAAGAAGUUAAUAUAAAAAGUGAAGGAAAUCAUUGGAAAGGUGAUUCGCAGUCAUUCGACCUACACAAUGAAAUAAUUGAAAACAAAAUGGGAGAAUGUGAAAACAAAGACCCUUUAGAAAUCAAAAUGUACAAAUGUGAUGUAUGUAGUUUUGAAGCUAAAUACAGGAGCCAUCUAAAAGUGCAUCAAUUAUCACACAUGGACCGUGCAGAAAUCAAAAUGUACAAAUGUGAUGCUUGUGAAUAUGAGACUAAGUAUAAGGGACAUCUAAAAUCACAUCAGUUAUUGCACCUUUCGGAUAUCCAGACGUACAAGUGCGAUACUUGUAGUUAUGAAACAAAGUUUAAAAGAAAUCUAAAAACGCAUCAGUUAAUGCAUAAAGAUUCUUCAGAAAUCCACAUGUACAAAUGUGAUGCUUGUGCUUUUGAGACUAAACACAAGGGUAAUCUAAAAAUGCAUCAGUUAUUGCACAAAGACCCUUCAAAAAUCAAAAUGUACAAAUGUGAUACAUGUGGUUAUGAAAAUAAAUAUAGAAGUCAUCUCAAAAGUCAUCAAAAGCUAACUCACAAAAAUACUUCAGAAAUUCAAAUGUACAAGUGUGAUACUUGUACUUAUGAAACUAAAUAUAAGUAUGACAUUAAGAGGCAUCAGUUAGUACACCAAAACCCGUCGGCAAUUCAAUUGUACAAGUGUGAUACAUGUCCUUAUGAAACUAAAUAUAAAGGAAACCUAAAAGAUCAUCAAUUAACACAUGAGAAUCUUUCCACAGCACAGCAAGAAUGUGUUUUGGAGACUAUACAUAAACAGGGAUUAAAAAUUCAUGUGGUAAAACACCAGAAUCUUUUGAGAGGGCAAAUGUACAAGUUGUACAAGUGUGAUACCUGUGUUUUCCAGACAAAGCAUAAACGAAGUCUAGUUAGGCAUCAGUCAAUGCACAAAACCACUAAGCUCAAAUGAGCAGGCAAUUGUAAAGACUAUUUUUUAAGCCUAUAAGAUAAAAUUUUAAAAAGCUUGAAACAACUUUGGAUCCACAACAGUUGUGAUGUGAGCGAUCGUACAAAGUGUGCAGAAUACUUACAAUCAGUUGUAAUUAGUCGAACGGUGGAUUUUAUACAUCAAUGCUGACUUUACAGUGCACAAAUACAAAAAUGUUUGUUUUA